AGUUCGUGUAGUUCGCUCACUCGUACUCACGCGCUAUAUGGCUCGUGUACAAUGAGCGCUGUCAAAGCUGGAACUGUCAAACGGAAGAGUGCAUGUGAAGAGUGUGCAUGUGAAGAGUGUGCAUGUGAAGAGUGUAUGUGAAGAGUGUGCAUGUGAAGAGUGUAUGUGAAGAGUGUGCAUGUGAAGAGUGUAUGUGAAGAGUGUGCAUGUGAAGAGUGUGCAUGUGAAGAGUGUAUGUGAAGAGUGUGCAUGUGAAGAGUGUGCAUGUGACGAUGCAGUCAAACCAUAACUUUGGCUACACGAGGACGAUGUGAAUGCACCGACCGCUGAUAUGCGUCUGACUUUGAGUCUGAUCCAGAGUCAGCUCGAGUGGGAGCUCUGAGACCAACACAUGGGGGAGCUUGUGUUCCGACACUGCGACUGCGCGUGUACGUUGUGAUUCAUAUACGUGGACAAGUCGAUAAUUAAUGAACAAAUGCAAUGCCGCAACAGUGCGCGUGUUAUGCAGGAAAUAUGUCAGACUUCCCUUUGGUGUAGCGACAGGAAGCAUUAACCACUUAAAUGUCUGCGCGAGGGCACCGGCUGACGCACAGGGAGACGCGCUCUCAGGGCCUCGGAACACGGUGUUCAGUCUUCUGAGGCAGCUUCAGGAUGAAGUGUUCCCUGCCAUCUUGUUUAGGGGCCAAUUUACUCUUCUGCCUGGGACUGCUGCACUGCGGCGAAGCCAGAGUGCACACUGAGGUACAGGCUGGGCCUCUGUAUCGAGUGGCGGGCUCCCUGCUCUCCAUCUCCUGCAACGUGAGCGGCUUCGCCAGUGACAACGCGACAAAAGAUAUCGAGUUCCGUGUCAAGAAGCCUGCAAAUCCAACACUCGAGCUCAACAUCAUCAGCACAAGGGACAAAGGCUUCAGCUACGCCAUGUAUACUGUCCGUGUGAGGAGCAAAGAAAUCACCCUGACCCAUGUGACUCCAAACUCAGUCUUGUUUGAGAUACACCGCCUCGAGAAAGGGGAUGAAGGGGAAUAUGACUGUUCUGUAGUCAACUCAGAACAGACUUAUGAUGGAACCUACAGCGCCGUAACAACAGUGAAAGUGAUCGACAACUCCCUCAGUGUUUCAUCAACUGCCUCCACCUCGCUGAGCUAUACUGAGGGCGAUGCUCUCGCGUUAACAUGCCGCGCCUCCAGCAACAGCGCCCAGCACACCCACCUGUCUCUUGUCUGGUAUCUCCAUAACGACGGCAGGGACAACGCUCGGCCUAUCAUCUCUCUGGAUAGAGAAUUCACACUCAGCCCUGGUCCGGGGUUUGAAGGGCGUCACCAAGCUGGACUGAUAAGGUUAGAUAAAACGGGAGAGGCCACGUACAAGCUAAACAUGGCUCAGCUGGAGCUUUCAGACCAAGGAAGGAUCUACUGCCAGGCUCAGGAGUGGAUCCAAGAUCCCGACCACUCUUGGUACACUAUCGCACAAAAGGAUGCAAAGGAAACUACCCUGAAUGUUAAAGCCAGAGAGGUGGUGCCAGACACGUCGUCUCUGGUGGUGAGAAUCUCAGCGCAGCCGGAAAUUCUGCAGGAGGGGCAAGAGCUGUCGCUGUCCUGCAACGUAGACUCGCAGAACCUGGAGGAGAGGUUCUUCUCUGUAGCCUGGCUCAGGGGAAAUAGUGAGUUGGCCCGCAUUGGCCCGACAGGCAUUCUGUCCGUGGGGCCCGAGUACAGCGGGCGAGUGAAAGAAGGAGAGCUCAGGGCAGCCCGGAUUGGGGAUGGAGACUACCGUCUCAUAUUGCAGCCUGUCAGGACCGAGGACCAAGGAGAGUAUCUCUGUAGGGCAUGGCUUCAGGACAGAGGUCAGGAUGGUGCCUUCACACAGCAAGCAACUCAGGACUCCAGCUCCCAGCUGGUCAGCAUCUCAUCCACAGAGAGUGGCCUCUCAGUUGAACUGCAAAACAGCGUGGGUGUUAACGAAGGGUACCGUCUGGAGCUCACCUGUAAAGUACACAGGGUCAACGGUCAGCUCUCCGUUACUUGGCAACGCAAAUCAGCAUCCACAGCAGCAUCCGCGUUCGCCAGUGUCAUCAGUCUAAGUCAGGAGGGCGUCACGGAGAAAGCGGGGGAGUUCGUGAGCCGCGCAGUACGGGCAACGCGUCCAGCAAUAGACACCUUCACCCUGGAGCUGGAUGGAGUCACACCUUCGGAUUCAGGUGUCUACCAGUGUGUUGUGUCCGAAUGGAAAAUCAAUAGCAAGACCAACAGCCAGUCACGGGAUGCCACUGUGACGGUGGCUCCUACAGAUUCGUUCGUUAAGGUGAAACUGAUAAGUCGCGACAGCAGCGUGACCGUCGGUGACAAUGUGGAGUUGAUGUGCUGGGUCAGUGGUCCACGUUUACCAAUAACACUGACUUGGAGCCUGCAGCGGCCGUAUGCCUCGACCCAAGAUAGCAUCCUGACCGUGUACUCCGACGGUGCCAUCAGCUGGUUUGGAGACCAGCAGCGCUACCAGCUGAAAGUAGAGAACAAAGAGAAUGGAGUCUUUUACUAUCUGCUUAUGAAUAGUGCGAGCCGUAGGGAGGCGGGAAUCUACCAGUGUUGGGUGUCUGUCUUCCUGGAGAAGGUUCACAAGAAGUUGCCUCCAUCCAACCAGCUGGGUGUUUUGGUGCAGGACCCAGUGAGCGAUCUCGUGCUGACCACCACGCCUGCCUCGACAAUAAAUAUCACCGCUGACAUAGAAAUCAAAUGCUCCGUUAUCUCUAAACCCUCGGCGUCCUCCCGCUACGCUGUCACCUGGCUGCUCCAGCAACAGGCAGGAAAUAAGACCAUUGUGAGCUCAGACCAGGAUGCCCUCGUGACAGUCGCACCCCGGGAGCAGCUGAGCCACGGGCAGCGAAUCAGCACGAAGCGCACUAAGGGCCCUAGUUUUGAGCUUAGUAUUCGGCAAGCUCGGCUCUCAGACAAUGGCUCAUACGUAUGCGAGGUGGUGGAGUGGCUGCAAGAUCCGCAUGGGGACUGGUAUCAGCUCUCGCCGGUGUCCAAAACUACCGAGCUAACAGUUAUCGAGCCCGAAACCAACCUGUCUAUUUUGAAGGAAGAAAAGUCGUUGAACAUGAGCAGAUCCCAGGACCUCCCGAUCCCCUGUCACAUCACCGACCAAUCCAGCAGUGAAUCUGAGUUCCAGGUCACAUGGUUUUGGCAGAAAGAGACAGAAGCUGAACGACGCCCCAUUUUCACAGCGUACCGCAACUCCACCCUGCAAGACAGGCUUGGAAAGGGUGAUCAGCUGAGAUUCAGACGCCCUUUGCGCGACCAAUUCAGCCUCACAGUAAUACAGCCAAGUCCUGAAGAGAGUGGCCUGUAUUUCUGUGAGGUAGAAGAGUGGCUCCCAUCUCCGUCUCAUGGGUGGAGGAAGCUCGCCGUGGAAAAGUCAGGAUACUUGACUGUUAAUGUCUAUGCAGAAGGAGAGGUCAAAGACGUCUCUGAGCCAGAAUGCAAGUCAGAUAUGUGGAUGGGGAUUCUUAUAGCGAUCGUUAUCUGCUCACUGUUGGUCGUGUUCCUGCUGGUGCUGAAGAUAUGCAGGAGCAACGUCUCAGGAGGAAACAAGUCGGCUCAAAAUCUGUGGGCAGAGCCAGAGCAAUACACGCUGAAAACCAAACCCAGUGCAGAUGACUGAACAGACCAGAACAGGAGAGGGAUACAAAUGCACUUCUAUUUUAAAUGUGAAAUGUAAUAUAUGCAAUGUUUUUUUAAUUGUUAUUCAGAGUUUAACAAUCUAUCAGUUAAAUUAAUCUGUUGAUAAUGUUUUCAAAAAAAAUAGUCUAAAUGUGUUUACUGCCCGUGGAAGCUGGGAAUAAUUUUGCCUUCAUGAAUUAAUUAAAUUCAUUAAACCUUUCAAAUUUAACGGGAACUUUCCGUUUUUUUACAGCUAAAAUGCAUCACCAGCAUAAACAGCAGCUGCUUACCGCCUGCAAAUGACAGUUGAGCUUGGCAGGAGAUUAACUUUGUGGCUUUACACCUACAAAGCAACACAUCUUCUGAUUGACAAAUUCCUUCUUUACGUUGCAACAUACCAGGCGGCUUGAUACGCUGUCUCUGGUGGGGAGAAGUCAACGCAGAGCAUGUCUGAGGGAGCAGCUCCGUGCGGUACGAUCUUAAACUUUUAUCUGCAGAUAACACAGAAAUGAAUCAACCAGAGAGUGCUCUGCGGGUUCUGCAGCAGCACCGGAUGACUGUGGUCGGCAAAGGUGCUGAGAUCUGUGUGACAAGCAGUUUUAUAUAUACGAUGAAGGUAUAAAAUCUGCCAACGCCAAUAUUUAAUGUGCGUUUGAUUCUCGAUGUUUGCUUCUAGAUAGAAGAGUAGUGUGUGGAUGAAUGUGCUUCGAGGAGUCUUAAUAAAUGAAAUGUUUGUCAUA